UCAACUUGAACUACUAUAGAAUGUAUAUCUACCGUCAGCCAUGCUGCGACCACGAAGGCCGGCAGCCUCAGUCCUCUGAGACGAUAACGGUAGGAAGACGUCUACAUUAUGGCGUACAUCAUUGAGUCAAAUCCCACCUCUCGACAAGCGUCGAGGACACUGCUCAGGCAGAUCUCCAGGAGGGCACAAUCGAAUCUGAACACAAGUCACUCGUCAAUUGUCGUGCUUGAUUGUCACUUACUAUAAUGGUCUUCUUUCAGUCACUGUGUUCUCAUGCUUUAUUGUCAUUCAGCUUUGUCCUUCCAUCCCUGUCAAUAGAGCUGUCUUCACUGCAGUCUGAUUGUUUGAAUCACAAUGCCCAUUCAUUCACUCCCCAACACAAUAGCACCUCGACAACAACUUGAAUACCCGCUGCUAACAGUGACUAUGAACACCACGAAACUUGAACACAAUGUCUCGUCUGCCAGGUUCCCAAUUGGGGAUAUAUAUAUAUUUCUAUAUCUUCUCGAGUCUUUUGCUCGCACGGUUUCCUUCCUCUACCCUCUUUCCUCUCGUCUCUUGCCUCCCUCAUCUUCUCUCAAACCAUCACACCUGGAAGACUUUUGAAAUCGUUGCACUCUCAGAACUCUACCAAUCAAGAUGUGCCGACAAAUCCAAUACGUCUUCACCCACUGCUCGCACCAAGGCCUCAACUGCUUUGGAAACAUGCAACCAAUGACAGUAGAGCUUUGCGAAGCGGCCGCUGCCCGAGGAAACCCCCCGUAUCCGACAGGCUACCACGCCCACGGCCUCCCAAUCUGCAGCAACACAAUCGAGUUCCGCUACGUCGACAGCACCUGCAGCGACCACUAUGAGCCGCAGAUCGACGAGAACGGAUACUGGGACAGAUAUGACCCGUGGGCACCCGAGAACAACCAAUUUCACUCUGCUACCCCAGCAGAGGAUGAAAACGAAGAUGAGGAAGAAGACGAGGCUGACUUUACCUAUCACGUCCCAGAGACCCCCUGGACGAAUCCUCUCUUCCGAGCCAUCGACUGGAACCCUCCGCCGCGCAAUGUGCCAAUCGAGCCGCAGCUCCACAGCCCCAAGGACCAGACCCCAAUCGCUCCACAUGAGGCCGGGGUGCUGGACGCCUACUACGAUCCGGAGCAUUGGCAAUCAGCGGAUGGCCGUCCCAUCCAACUUCUCGAGACUUUCGAUGAUCCACCAGCAAGAGUCCUCGCACGCCCUCCCAAGCCCGAAGUCCCCGAAGACCUCGAUGAACAAGUGGACGAAUUGAUCCGUCAAUCGUCGUCUGAAAGUGACGACGCGGAUCCAGACCUCCCAGAUAAUGAAACGGAGGAAGAAGAAGAAGAAGAAGAAGACGACGAAAACGACGACGAUGAUGAUGAACCUCCCACCACUUUCAACCGUGCUGGGUCCGGGUGGAUGGCACCCCCAAACUCGCCGCCAGGCUGGGAGCCUCAAUCCCCAACAGCCCGGCCUUCAAACAAGCGAGCCAGAGAGGACGAUGACGACGACAACGACGGGGCACCACCAAACAAGCGCGCAAGGCUUGACCAGGAUGCCGCCGAUGGCGAAGAACCUGAAGCCUCUGAGCCUUUACUGAGCCUGGCAACUUCCGCGACAAGACCAAAGUUGACCUUGAAGGUCUCAGCGCCACCAAAACCAAAAUUGAUACUGAAGUUCUCAGCUCCUCCAAAGCCCAAGUUGACUUUGAAGCUUUCGGUGCCCGCCAAACCAAAGGUGACGCUGAAGUUCAAGCUCCCAGCAAAGCCAACCACUGCCACCAGAAUCUCUCGCCGACGUCCGACUCAAGCUCAACGUUCGGUUGGCCCUAUGACUCGCAGCCGCCUGAGACAGUUGCAAGCCCAAGCCAGCCAACCAGCCCAUAUGACGCGGAGCCGGCUGGCCCAGCUCCGCGGUCAAGCCAACCAGCCUGGAGCUGGAAAUGCUGCCAAGAUGGAGCAACUAGAGACGUUUUUGCGCUAUGCAAAUGGUGUGGAGCGAUGAGCGUGGACAGAAGAGUGUGGUGCAGGAGAAUGCGAAGAGAAAGCAUGGAUAGUACUCCUGGUAGUACUAUUAGAUACAGAUGAACAGCUCAAAUACCCUGGGUUUGCAUUGCUUUCGGCGUGAAGGAAAAGAAAAGUCUUUCCGCAAUGGAAAGAGGAGUGCAGUGCAAACGUGAGCAUGAGCAAAUAUGAUAAGGAAUUCUGGCACCUGGCACCCCCUUUUUGCACAAAGCAACGUCACCU